UGGGGAACUUUUAGAGGACGCACAUCUGUCUCUCUUUUACACGUCAUUCAUUUCCUCGCUGGGUUUCUGUGCACAUUUCCCGCAGAAAUCAUGUCUAAUUCCGUGUUUUCAGUCAUAUCGCGUUUUGUGGAGGAGUACAGGAGCAGCACACCGAAUAAGCUGAAGAUGAUCGACGCGUAUCUGCUGUACAUUUUGCUGACCGGAGUGUUCCAGUUCCUGUACUGUGUGUUGGUGGGAACGUUUCCCUUCAACAGCUUCUUAUCCGGAUUCAUUUCGUGCGUGGGAUCCUUCAUUCUGGCUGUCUGUCUUCGCAUCCAGAUCAACCCUCAGAAUAAAAGAGAUUUCCUGACCGUCUCUCCUGAGAGAGCCUUCGCUGAUUUCCUCUUUGCUCACACCGUUCUGCAUCUAGUGGUCGUCAAUUUUGUUGGCUGAAGAUAUGAAGACUAAACGCAGCUCAAGUACAGAACAGCUACAAACAACAGCUGUCUGCAGAUCUCUCAAUGUUAAUAUAUGUUCUGACACAAUUGUCAUUUGUGAUAAGUUCUUGUCUUGUUCCUUCAUUUUUCUACUUUUGUAAAAUUCUCUGGAAGAUGUUGAAACAAAUUAAAUGCCUUCAAACAUUCA